AUGCGAGGCACCGCUUGGUCCAAAGCUGCAGGCUCGGUGCCCUCUGACCGUUUACGUUCUGCACAGCGCAUACAGCACGUUCCCCAAAAACAAAGCAAAGGAAAAGGCGGAGCCCAAGAACCUCCCAGAAGCAAAGCGAUCCGUAAGCUUGAAUCGCUCGCCGAGGGUGUUCGUAAGUCCUCUGGCAGAGAGAAGGAUCCGAAGAGCGGUUGUUUUUGUCAAGCAAGAGAACAUGACCUUUCCUCAUACACCCCCAUAUGCCGCGGUUGCGGAUUGAUUCUAUGUGCUGUCAACUUGCCCUAUUACGCAUGCCCACACUGCUCUGCAGUGCUCCUCUCAGACAUCGCGCGUUCCUCGCUGUCUGCCCGACUUGAUGAAGAGAUAUCUAAGCAGAUAGCAAAAGAGGAAGACGAGAAGUCACGAGUCGUCCAGCAAGCACGCGAUGCGGAGGGCGCGUUCCCAGUUCUCCAUGGCUCUGCCACACCACCACGGUCGAGCACGCCUUCACGUCCUGCAGCACAAACGCACAAAGUAUUGUCUCUGAACUCCAAGACGAAGAAAUACACUGUCGCAUCGUACACGAACACCCCUCUUUCAUCCCGUCCAGCAUCUCGUGCUGAGUCUGAGGAAGAGGUUCACAGAAUCUCUGCACCUCCCCCAGAGGUUGACUUUGUAAAGAGAACACCUGAUCGAAAUCAUCCAUGGAACAAUAUGCGUAUGGGAGACCUUCUUUAUGUUCCCGUGAAAUGA